CAGCAGUCUGCGCGCGCAUGCGCUUCUUAUUUGACGUGUUAUGUUGGGUGUUCACAAAAUUUUACGAUUUUGACAUUAUUUCGUAACAACGCAAGAACUGUGCAAGUGUAUGUAAAUUUAAUUUCUUUUUAUAAUGGAAAGAAACUCUCACCAUCACAAUCUGUCAACGAUGGACCGCAAUUCCAAGUUUCUUUUGCGAAAAAUCACUAUGGAUUUCUGCAUUCUGUUUUGCGUUGGCUUCCUUAUCCUCGUUUUCUACUUAUGGGGUUCACCAUACGAACGAGGGUUCUUUUGUGAUGAUGAAUCACUCAAACACCCCUACAGAGAGUCAACAGUCACAAAUGUAAUGCUGUACAUCGUGGGAAUCGGACUGCCAGUGGUUGCUAUGGCGCUCACAGAAUGGAUCAGACUACGGGACUACCGGGGAGGAAGGUCCCGGGCUAUCCUGGGCAGAGACGUAACAGCGUGGGUCUGGGAGGCGUACAAGGUGAUCGGAGUGUUCUUGUUUGGCUGCGCGUGCCAGCAACUCACUACGGAUGUAGCGAAGUACACGGUGGGGAGGCUGCGACCGCAUUUCUUUGAUGUGUGUAAACCAAGCGUCGAUUGUAGUCUCCCAGAGAACAAAUGGCGGUACAUCCAGAACUUCACGUGCCUCAACGCUCUCGACUCCGAACAAGGCGCGAAGCUCUUAAAGGAAAUGCGUCUAUCAUUCCCCAGUGGACACUCCUCGUUUUCUGCUUACACCAUGCUUUAUUUUUCUAUGUAUCUUCAAAGACGUAUGACAUGGCGCGGUUCAAAACUGAUCCGGCCUGGCAUCCAGUUCGUUCUGAUGAUGGCAGCGUGGUAUACCGUCAUGACCAGAGUAUCCGAUUAUAAGCACCACUGGAGCGAUGUUCUCGCUGGGUUCUGUAUUGGCCUUCUUUUUGCUGUUAUUGUGUUCACGUUCGUGUCCGACUUACGAAAGACUCCCCAUACGAAACAGAAUCUCAACCACCUGGAUGCAGAAAUGCACACCACCAACGGCACCCGACACCCCAACAGGGUGCAAGUCUGACAACCAACACCCCCCAGCUCGCAGUCGGUAAGCGACGAAGAGCCAUGACCAGACAUCCCUCAUAUAUCAUGGAUCUCACAUGAGUAUAUCAUCAAGUAAGAGUUGACAAUUGAACUGUUUUUAACAGACAUUGUUUAUUGUGUAAAGUGUUUUAUUUCUCUUGAAACGGCUUCAUAUGGAUUUCUUACCCCAUAUUUCAAGGAAAUUUGAUAGAUAUUUAACUACUUAUUGAGUAGCUAAUAUCGUCUUAAUAGACGAAUUUUUUUUAUUUAUAUUAUAUGUUGUGGAAUAAUUUAUUGAUAUUUUUGGUGUUUUAUCGAAAUGUUAUAUUUAUGUAUGUUCAUAAAAAAUUACUUAUAUACAUAUCAAUGUAUGAAACGUUGCAUUGUCUAUCUGGAUUUGCUUUAUAUGAAAAAUAUACAUAGUAACUUGCAGUUCAAAAAAACACAAUAUAGUUAUUAUUGUCUGCUGUAAACUAUGGUAGCGGCAGUUUAAUUAAAUUGUAAAUCAACCUGAUGUACCAAUAAUGCAAAAUUUAAUUAAACUGGCUAAUGAAACAAAUUUUACAUUAUUGUAAAAGACAUGAGCUGAGUACUAGUUUAUCGCCUUAUGUCUGUUUGAUGAAAAAUCCAUAUCUGCUUAAGAUAUGGGUACCUGAAAAUAAUAUUAUAAUAAAUAGCGUGCAAUUGUAGGCUUUUUUACUCUUAGUGUUAUAAAAAGUGUGAGAGGGAGACUUUAUACAAAAAUCGAUUGCUUGGAUACCUCUGUCCCAUUCGUGUUUCUACCGUGAAGCAGUUGUGUUUGCAUGGCUGUGUUUCGGUUUGAUAGGUGGGAUAUGGCGUGAAUUAACAGGGUACAGAGGAAUAACAUCUGAGUCCUCAGGAAUGGCAACGUAUGGAAGGUAUCAUGGGCGAAACAGUAUACUCUGUUAUGUCCAUGGUACUGCUCAUGUCUAUAGGCGACGGUUACUACUUUCCAUCACGUGGGCCGUCAGCUUGUUUGCCAUUCUAAGUUGUAUAAAAACAGAGAAUACAAUUUCACAUUUUGACGGUACUAAAACGUAUGUUGUCUUCUUCAUUACGUAUUUGUUAUAAAAAAAUAGCACUUCAUUUACAUUUGUGAAACGGAACCUAACGUUUUAACAUACAAUAGUCGUAUUAUUAUAUUUAAUUUUUUAUUCAUCCUCAAUAUGAAUGUAGUACAAUUUUUAUAUAAGUACAUACUUAUUUGUAAAAGAUAUUAUAAUCAUAUUUGAUACAUAUUUGUAUGACAAUUCUGUAUCAUUCCUAGUUUAUAAUAAACCAUUCUCUGUUUCCUUUACUUAUAUUGACCGGUCCUUUAAGUAAGUUUUCUACUUAAGGUACAUUUUUGUAUUCUUUUAAAUCUCGCUUAAACUAAGUCAAAAUCCAUGGAUUACCAGUGGCUUCUAUUAUUAGAUUUAUUUCUCGCUCCGUACACUUUCGUUUUUCUACUCGCUAUUUCCUAAAUUUUAAUUUUUAGAAUGAGGUUACAAAGGUGCCUAUGCCAAGGACUUUUCAUUGAUAUGGUACAUAUGACUUCCCUACUGUAUUCUCUGAUAUUUUCGAAUUUUUAUAAUAUCUGAUUUCCCCAUUAUUGGAAAAAUAAUAUUACAGACAAAAUUAUUUAAUAUAAAAUACCUUUUAUUUAAUAGUACAAGUUAAGAAUAAUCUAGGUUUUUAAUUUUAAAUUACAAUAGUAUAUUUAAUAGAUUCACUUCAUUAUAAAGCAUAUACUUUCUAUCCACAUGUUCAUCGUUACAUGAUAAUUUACAUGAUAUUUGGGCAAUUGAAUACUCAGUAGGUUGCUUAUAUGUACAUAAAUGUUAUUCAAAUAUGAAGUAGAUCCAGAAUUUGAAAUUUAUAUUUUCAAGGUACAGUUACUAUUAAAAAUACGUGAAUUGCAAUAUUUUACUCUCAAGAGAUACAUUAUUUUAUGGCAUAAUAAAAAUUAUAUUAUAUUUCAAAGAAUUUAGCUUAUAUGCAUUUAAUUUUAACAUACAAUAUUAUUUAGUAUGGUCGUUAAUUCCUUUUGGAUCUGAAUAUGUUAUGUUUGUUGCAUUUGUCUGUUUGUAAGGUUGUACUCGUAUGUAGUUUUAACAUUGUCUAAAAUUAAAACGUCAAUACGAAUUAGUAUCUAUGUAUACCAGCGCGAUACAUAAACUUAUCUCUUUCAAUCUCAAGGGCAAAGCGCCUUCUAUGUUUUACAUUUUAUUAAGUUCUGAUUCGUGAUUACCAAUUUAUACUUUGCGCCGUGUUUAUUAUAUUACCACGGCUACCAAAUUAUAUCCAUUAGUGUGGUGUUAUAUUUGGUGUGCUAAUUAUUAUAUUACCACACCUAACAAAUUUAUACAUCAGUAUGGCAGUUAAUUUAAUUAUAACCGCUUAUUAUACCCACCAAUGCAAUAUCGAAUAAUUAUUGUAUUACCACGCCUAGCAAAUAUAUCUAUCAAUGUUGUUAUGUGCUUUUUAUAGUAUUUAUUUUAUUACCACGCUUACUAAAUAUUCAUCAGUAUGGCAACUAUUUUAAAUAUGGCCGCUUAGCACCAAUGCAAGGUCGAACUACCCUUAUAUGCAGAAUACAUAGCACCCGCAGACAAUUAUGCAAUUGUCAAUGUUUAUACUCGUAUAUUCAGAAAAUACACAAAUUCAAUGCAAAUGCUUAUUGUAGUUGGUACGGCCUUGCAUCUUUAGAACGAUUUUAGAUACUUAUCGAAAUAUUUAAUUAGCUUGGUAGCUCAGUGAUUAUAGGCAACCUUACGAUAGCAAAGUCCAAAGUUCAAAUCCCGGUGUAAGUGAAAGUAGACCGAUGAUUUUUAAUAUCUUAACUAUAUUUAUUUGCUGGGAUAUGUGCAAGAUAUCGGUGUUUGUAAAUUUCACAUAAUAAUUUAUAAUUACAUUAAAUAAUUUAUUAAUUCAUAUACAUGUAUGACUUGACUGAAAUUGGGAUAAAGUCAUCAGCAUACUGUAUUUUAAACUUUGUUUUAAAACAAAUACUUAUAUUUAUUGAUUUACAAUUAUAUGUGAAUGAUCCGUAUGAGAUCCCGCGUUUGAUUCUCGCCUUGGUCAAUAAGACUAGUUCGUAUUUAUGUCGUAUCUCAGAUAUUUGUUGUCCUGUUUCCCAUAUCAGCAAAUGAUGUGAAUAUACGACACUUACCCUAUUAGGUAUUGAAUUAUAUAUUGUUCUGUAUCUAUAAAGCUUAGUUCACAUUGUGUUAGUAAUUUGGUCGAGUAGCAAGUAAUUUAGAAACUGAAUAUGUUUACACAAUAUAAAUUUAGUCGAAUCAUAUUUUAUUAUUACCCACCUCUUCACUGAAUUACUAAAGCAAUCUAAUCUAAGUUUAUGACCUACUUCAAACUGUUUUAGUAAUUCAGUCAAGUGAAAUAUUUUUUACUAAAUUGUUCCCAAUUUAAACAACUAAAAUUAUUAAAAAAUACUCUAACGUAUUAAACUGAAUUCGACUAAUAUUUUUUCGUAUGCAUCAAGCUUCUAUAUUACACGCCACUUGACUGAAUUACUAAACAGUCUGAACUAGGCUGUAUGCGAGAAAAACCAUGUUUAGUAUAGAUGUAGUACCUAAACUAGCUUUACAGACUGCAAGACUGCAAAGCGUGUAUUUUAAUUCUGUGAUAUAAAGUUGUAAAUACAAAUUGUAGUUUUAUAUAUAGUGUAGCUAAUGUUUCUGUUAUUUUUUAAGAUAAAUUGUUUAGGUGCUAGUUAAGUGUAAAUUAUAUUAUAGCUGUAUUUAAAUAUUUAAACUUUUUACGUUGUAAACUGGGUUCGUAGAAGUGUGACAAUCUGAAAACCAAUAGAUAGUAUAUAUCAAAUUACUUUCCUCGAUAAGUCGAAUUUUAAAUAUAGUAAUGACAAUAAUUAAAAGCGAAUUUUGUUUUGAUUUUUGAAAUUUUCAUAUACGACUGUUGUGUGGAGAGGCGUUGGUAGCUCUUGAAUUGAUUAAAGAACAUUGUGAUUUGUAAUGAACAAUCAAUAAUUUGCAAACAAGUAAACAGAUUACAAAGAGACGCGGUUACAAUUAUAGUUUCUUUUUGUGUUGCCACAUACAAAAUUAAAAAUGUUAAUAUUCACAUUUCAAAUUGCCAGAUGCAAAAUAUAAAAUAAUAUUGGUUUCUAACAAUCCAUCUUUCUUGUGUUUCUGCCAUCAUCCAGCUAUGAAUGAAUGAGUGUGCUUUAUUUGCAUUAUACAGUAUAGGAAGGCCAGACAAUUAAUAAAUAAAACGAUACAGUUGUAUAAGUGCAGUAAGGCGGUCUUACUGCAGAAAACAAUCUUUUCAAGACAAUUUUAGGGUAAUGGACUAAUUGUUGCAGAAUGAGGUAUGAUAAUAUUUUAUAAUUAAGAAAAUUAACAGCGUAAAACAUGUUUAUGUGAUUAUGCAUCUGUGCUUAUUUAAUUUGAAUAUGGCAGUGAAAGGUGGUACAUACUCUGGUUCUCAGGAAUACCAAAAUGUCUCCAUAACUUAGGCAACAGUUACCAAAUACCAUCUAGUGAGCCGUCACGUCGUCACAAAAAAGAUUUGAAUCUCUUACACUGAAAUUUAACAUUCAGUUCAACAUUUAUUUCUUUAUUAAAUACUUGUCCAGUUUCGGGAGUUUUCAGGUUGAUACAUUCUUUCCAAUUAACAUUGUAUUUAUUUCAUAAUUUUUUACCAAUUAAUCCACUAUUGGGAAUAGAAGAUUUCAAGUGAUUAUUUACAAUGUCGUACUGACCAUUUUGUAAAAAAAAAAAAUAUUUGAAAUGUUUAAAAUUAGAACAAUGGAAAUUUAUAUAAAAUGAGGUUUUUAUUUAUAUGUAAAUACGAAAUGAUUGUUAUUUUAUUUAGGACAAAUAUUGUCAAUGUAAGUGUAUAAUUUAAUUACAUUUAUACUUCCUAAUUAGAUAUUAAUAUGAAAAGUUGGAAGCUUUAGUCAUAAAAAUCACUAUUUUUAAUGUAUUUUAUUAAAGUGGUUUUAAAUUAGUUAACAAUAAGUAAAGUAUUUAAGAAAAACUUUUGUACAACUCCAUUUGAAAAUGUAAAACACCUAGUAGUGGCUGAAAUUUUAUUCGUAAGUCACUUGUGCCUAAUAUCAUUAGGUUCAUAGCGACCAAGUAUAAGAAAACAAACGAAAACCAAAAAUAGCCAACCAAAACAAUCAGCCUUGACCUUGUCGUCCUGGGUAGGGGACUGUUAGCAGUGGAAUUUAACGGCCCCUUUUCUACCAAUAUACUCUGUCAGGUCGAUCUCCACAUAGUCUUUCCUGGAUACCAUUGUGGUUAUUGCCUAGUGAAUUCGUCACAAUGCGCCAACGGACUUGACUUAAUCUUUACCUACCCUCUUACUGGUAACCCGUUAGCGUAAAUCGGUAACUCAGACACGGCUACCUACCAUUUUCAUCUAUAAGAGAUUUCAUGAUUCACAACGAAUGGCACAUGGUUUGCAUUUUGUUUUGUUAAAUUUAGUCGCUGUGAACACGGCCUUAGAAAUAUUACAAGUUUGUUAGCUAAUUUAAUUACGCACGCGUAGUCAACAAGCACUGUCCUCUAGAUCGGACUAUGUGGCAGCUAUAUUUAUUUCCUUAUUUAUAAACUGUUUUAAAAAAAAUGCAUAAUAAAUAUUGUUCUUAAUUUUUAUAA